AUGACCCUAUACCAUUUCGGCAAUUGCUUAGCAUUAGUCUACGCUCCAUAUCAUAUGGCUUAUAAAUUCUCGGGAAUAUCGGAAUAUGCGACGUUUUCAAAAUGUGUAUAUGCCGGAGGGUUGUAUAUAUUCACUCAACUUUGCAAAAUGUUACUGCUAGCUACAUUUUUUCCAGAUUAUGAUAAUACUCAUGCAAGUGGAGAAUACGAUGUUUUUCUAGAAAUUUUAAAAGCCACUGUUGACUUAGCUGAUCUUCUUGGUUUGUAUUUUGCUAUUAAUGCAGUUCCGGGAAAGGGGCAUGCAAAAAUUCUGACUGCUGCCAUUGGUUGGGCUUGUGCUGAAGUGAUAAUAACUCGAAGUGUUCUUUUAUGGGUCGGUGCAAGAGGUUCCGAAUUUGAUUGGAAAUAUGUGCGUUCCUGUGCUGAAUCAAACGUUGCUUUAUUGCAACAUGCAUCUACUGCAGCGCUUGUGUGGUUGUGGACACGCAGUGACUUACCAAAGAAGCACUUCCCUAUUGUCAUUACCCUUCUUGCAUUGUCUCCCUAUAGAAAUUUAUUAGAAGAUGCUAUAGGUAGUAUGCUCGGUCUGAGUACCUGGGCCCUGUUAGCUGUGAGAGCAAUGCACGCCUCUGCUGUUGGUUUGACAGCUUUGGCUAUGUAUGCAGUUUUGGCUCAACAAAUUGGAAUGUAA